GCGUUGCCAACUUUCAACAUUGAAUUUGCGAUCUCUAUCAUUGUGAAGUGAUCAGCACUGAUCUGUUCAUAGAUCAUAAUACAGAUUGCAGAUAUUUGUUUAAUGUGUGUGAUUAACAAAGGAUGCAGAUAAUCAUGUGUAUGGUGUGUGUGUUUGCAUAGUCGUGUGUGAACGAGAUUAUUAUUGAUGUACACGUCUUUGCACAGGACAUAACGUUGGAUGUUGAUGGUGGUUAAUGUAUUUAGUAUGUUCCUUUGUCUGAAUAGUCGAAUGUGAAUGGGAUUAUUAUUGUGUUUUUUUUUCGAAUUAUCCAGUUGGUAGUAAUUUCAAGUGCCGUGGUACAAUAAUGGCAACUUGGAUAAAUGUUACCCCAAGUUUGAAGAGAGCAGCCAAUAUAAUAAACGGUUUAGAUACAUCAAAGUUCCCUCUUCUCCUGAGUCGGAUCUCCCAGUCACUGCAAGCGGGUGCCAUUAAUGAGAAGGCAUUCAAUAAUGAAGAGGAAGAGAAGUUGGAGGUUUCUCUUGGUUUAGAGAAGUCGGACCUGAAACUGCUCCUUGAGUCCACCACGUUCAUCCUAGAACAGGCUGCGUAUUACAUGACUAAACCAGCAGUUCUGCAGAGAUAUCUGUCAGAUACAUUGGAGCUUAACGAAGAUAAAUGUGAAGCGUUUGUAAAUGUCUGGAUAAAUUCAGCAAAGGGAAUUGUGGAACAUCUGAGACAGAGGUCUUUGUUUCCGGCACAGCUUGACGAAGUCAGAUGGUCCCUCAGCCUUCAGACUGCUUCGAAUGCUCAAACGAAACAGGUUAUUCCAAAAGCAGUGUUUCAGUUUGGACUGAAGACAAAUGCAGGCGCUCGCGAUAACGCGACAGUCGCGUUUACGCACGAAGAACUGUACGAAUUCUAUAAAAACAUCGAAACAAUACAGACCAAGUUGGAUGGAUUGCACUGAACAUUUACCAGUUCACAUCAGAUUUUGUUCAGUUUUUUUAUACGCGGGAACGGCAAGAACGUGAUGUAAGUAAUUCACUGUAUUACGAAAUGUAUUUGUUUAUGUAUGGAUUAUUUGGAAUGUUAUGGCAAAGGUUGGAGAGUAGAAUGUGAAUGUUUCGUACUUGCGUGCUUUGUAGUUGAUAAAUUUACUGAACUUUAUUAUAUAUUAUGAAUAUUAAAAUAAUGGAUUAAUUCAUUAUGACUACAGAAGGCAGAAUACAAUUGGAUCCACGUUCGUCAUUUAUCUGGAGCAUUUAAAUUACUGCAGUCGAUGUGGUCGUAUGGAUUUAAUUGAAACUUACACUGUCAUAAAGUACAACUUGUUACAAAGUACAGUGUAUUUAUUCCAUUUUUAAGAAAAAAAAAACCCUUAUUGAGUUGUGAACCCAUUUACCUGCACAUGAGAUCUUGUAACGAGCAGUCUCGUUAUGUUCCGUUUGAGUUAUGAUUUCAUUUCCCCACAUUCUAAUUGAAUACUCCCCUGAUUUAAUUUCAUCCUGCAAAUUUAUCAUGCUACAAAGUACUGAGUCAUCUCCACUUCCAUUAGACCUGCUUCAGGCAAGAUUGUUUCAUUUCCAAAGCCUCGUGGUGAAAUGAAUACAAUCUUACUUAGAGUCUUUUGAAGCUGGUCUGAUUACACAAUUAAUAUGCAGUAUAAAAUAAGAUAAAUAGCCAAAGACAUA